GUCAGGACCGCGGACAGCGCCCCCCCCCCCCCCCCGCGCCGCCCCGCGCCCACCAUGACGGCGGAGACCCACCUGCAGGGCGUGGAGAUCUCGGCCGCCCAGUUCUUCGAGAUCUGGCACCACUACGACUCCGACGGCAAUGGGUUCAUGGACGGGAAGGAGCUACAAAACUUCAUCCAGGAGCUGCAGCAGGCACGGAAGAAGGCAGGCUUGGAUUUAACUCCUGAAAUGAAAGCCUUUGUGGACCAAUACGGGAAAUCUACUGAUGGAAAAAUAGGUAUAGUUGAGCUUGCUCAGGUAUUGCCAACGGAAGAGAAUUUCCUGUUGUUCUUCAGAUGCCAGCAGCUAAAGUCAAGUGAAGAUUUCAUGCAGACAUGGAGGAAAUAUGACAGCGACCACAGUGGCUUCAUUGAUUCUGAGGAACUUAAGAGCUUCUUGAAAGAUUUAUUACAGAAAGCAAAUAAGCAGAUUGAAGACUCAAAGCUAACGGAAUACACAGAAAUAAUGCUCAGGAUGUUUGAUGCAAACAAUGAUGGAAAGUUGGAGCUUACUGAACUGGCCAGACUGCUCCCUGUACAGGAAAAUUUUCUUAUUAAAUUUCAGGGUGUCAAAAUGUGUGCAAAAGAAUUCAAUAAUGCCUUUGAGAUGUAUGAUCAAGAUGGCAAUGGCUAUAUAGAUGAAAAUGAACUUGAUGCCCUACUGAAGGAUCUCUGUGAAAAGAACAAAAAGGAACUAGACAUUACCAACCUUGCAACAUACAAGAAAAGCAUCAUGGCCUUGUCUGAUGGAGGAAAGCUUUACCGAGCAGAACUGGCUCUUAUUCUCUGUGCUGAGGAAAACUAGAGCUCUUCUAUCAUGUCCACUUAACUAGUGAUGUACUCUACACAAUAACUGUGCACUAUAAGGGAGUAGGCUGUAUUUUUAAACUGCAUAUAGAAAAUUAGCCAGGAUGUGUGGCACAUUCCUUUCAGUUUGUUUCUAUACUGUUUGUAAUGUACAGUUUUUGUAACAAUAAGAUUGAUAAAGAGAAUGUCAGUGUUUGGGCCACUCUGUAUAUUCAAAAAGAAACUAAAUAUGUCAGGGUUGGUUUUGGUUGGGGUUUUGCUUUCAUUAACACAGCUGGAGAAAAAUUAAACCUGCUGACAUUGUUGUGGUCAUCAUAUCCUUUGACACUUGCAACAUUUCUGGUUAAACUACAUGACAAAAAGAUCAAAACAUAAACACAUAUCUUUCCCAAAACAAAUAAAUGUGCAGUUUUUAAAUAUGAAAAUGAAUUCAGAUUAAAUAUGAUCUAGGUCUGAAAUAGGAAAGAGACAUUGGCAUGUCUGAUUUCAAAAAUUUAAUAAGGCACUAAGAAAUAUUUUGAGUGUUAAACCUCCCACUUACAGGUCUGUACUCUGCAGUCUUACAAUUACUCUUCUCAUUGCAAAUUCAUAGCAUAUAGACAAAGCAUUUAUCUGGAAUAGAUCUCCAUGCAGUAGUUGAUAAAAAUAUAGUGUUCUCAAUCUAGCUGUUUUACUGAAUUUAAACAUAGGCACUUCAGAAAUAAAUGCCUUUUAUCUGUCUUGAAAUCCUGGCUAAAUGACAGGUAGUAUAGUUAAUACACAGAUUAACAUAUGAUAUAGUAAGUGUACCUUUCAUGACUAUUGCUGUGUCAGAGAAUAUGACAAUCCAUUUUCUAAACUAUUUUCACAUUUUGCAGGUUAUAAUUAUUCUAGUAAAUUGCUGUUUUUACAUCAUAUUCUGUGUAAUCUAUAAUUAAAUUUAAUAUCCUAA